UGUCUGCUAACUGUGUGGUGUGUAUUUUACCAAUACACACAUACACACACACACACUAUGCGUUGUAGUAAUACUGACACUGUUGUGUGAGUGUGUGUUUUAACUUAUUCAUACAUCGCUUUAUAUGAUGUUUUGUGCAAAUAGUACUUUCUGUAUAAUUUCACCGUUGCUUUUCUUUUUGUCUGGAUUACAAACGUUUAAUUUUCUCGUGUGAAUGAACAAGCAGUUUGUAGUUUCACAUACUCUCACAAGGACGAGAUUCGAGCCCUUUCUCUACAGUAUCAACAAAAAGGAUAUAGACAGUGUGAAUUUCAUAUUAGAGCGCCACGGAAUAAUUUUAUCGAGCUGAAUUUUACCCGUUUUUUUGGCUUCCGGUCACAGUCUUCCAUGACAACCGGUAACUUACGGACAGAGCAUACUGCAGAUCACAGUUCCGAUGAGUGUUUACCUCCAGAGGUUGUGUUAAAAGAGAAAAGUGACAGUGACGAGAACUUAGGACAAAUUUGUACAAAUACAUAUAAUUUAGGAAGCCCAAAAGUCUUUCAUUCGAAGCUUAAUGUUGUAAAGAUUACUUAUAUAUGGUUGCAAAACCAUUCCAGUGGAUUUACUGUGCACUUUGACUUUCACCACUAUAACUCUUCAUGUGUUCAUAUCUGUGAUGACCGUCUAUGCCUGUCCGAUGUGCAGUUGUGUAACGGUAAAUUUGAGUGUGCUGACCAGUCAGAUGAACAGAGUUGUCCCCCCUUAUUUCAGAGCACCGGUGCUUCUCAGUCCUCCACAACAAAUGUUGACCUGAUUAAAGCUUUUGCUGUUAUUAUAAGCAUAGUUUUAAUGCCCGGACUUUUCAUCAUCAUUUGUGUGGUAAGCCCGUGUCCUCUACGAUCUCGAAUGUGGCGGCGUCGUAGACGGAGUAGAGAGAGAUUAGAACAUAGUCAGCUACGACCAGAGUCACAAGUCUCCGAGGUAGUAUAUGUUCCAGUAACUACGCCUUCUACAAGUCAAGAGAAACUUCUCGAGCAUCAGAUCUCACAAGUUCAAGAGCAUCAAGUGCGAGUACGUUCCGUACAAACUGACACUAUGUUAGACCUACCGCCACAAAUCCCUAUCUCCAAAGAUGGAGAAGAGGGUUAUAUUGAAAGUCAAAAACAUAUAAUACGUAGUCGAUAUAUUGAUCAGCUAUUUCGGCCUCCUCCUAAUAAGACAGUACAUGAUAGAGAAAGCCCACCCCCUUAUUACUCUAACUCUGCCAGUUUAGAAAAUUUAGGAAAGCCCCCUACCAGAAUAGUGAGAGACUCAAACGGUUGUCCGAGGAUGUUGAGAUGUUAUAGCAUGUCUUCAAAUGUUUCUAAUUCUUCAUCAUCCGCGAAUGGGCACAAAGAUGUGCAAAAAAAGACUGUGACAAAAUCACACAAUAGGACUUUGUCUACAAAUUCAGCCGGCAGAAAACCUAGAACUGUCAGUGAUAGUGUUUCACCAAAUGAACAGACAGACGAACCACCUGAUUACACAGGUGUGUGUUCUAGUGAUUAUAAUAAAGUUAGUCCGCAAAUGGACAGUAAUGUAUGAUAGUGUGCUGACAUCGUGGAUGUGUAAAAUGUGAAAACGUCACUAUGAGUGCUGUUAGAUGAUAGAGUGAUGGAUGAACUUUCGCCUCAGAGGCUGUGUGAAUUUUACAAGAUUGGAGUAAAUUAUAAGAUAUAUCAUGGAUGACUAGUGAUUUAUUUAAUUUGAGGACCUUAAAAGGUUGCUUGGUUAUUAUCAAGACACUUCUAACAGUUCAAAUGUGAUUCCCCCCUUUUACAUUUUUUUUUUUUUUGCGCAUACUGGACGGCGACUUUAAAAUUUCACAUCAUAAAUGUAUAUAUACAGAAGGAAAGUAAUCAUCCACAUUAACUUGGUGUGUAAUAGAUUUUCAGUGAAAUGUGAUCAAAAUAUUGACCUGAAAACAUUAGGGCAAACUUUUGUGUGAUACAAUUCGUAUUUUCGUUUGUAAAAUGGGUGCCAAUAUAGCUUUGAAUUUGUUGUUGAUGCUGAGGGGCUGUGAACUUGGGGAUAUUUUGACUGUGAUAAAUACUCAUAUUAUUUAUAAUAAAAAUAAAACAUCCGAAUCUUGUUUAAAAUUUUGGUCUAUAUCAUAGCAUUAUAUACCGGCAACUUUAAAAAAAAAGUGAAUAUACCUGGUAUCAUCAAACAUGGUAAUUUUAAGCUCUGUAUGCUUUGACAAAGAAACAGAUUAUUUGUCAGGCACUGAAAACUAAAUAUAAACAUGAUAAUUACAAUAAGGUUAUUAACUUUUUGUGAAUGAAUUAUGUCACAUACAGAAAAACAAAAUGUUUAUGUAGUUUACUUGAGUUGUUUAGUAUUAUUCCUCUUAUAGCUGUUUCUAUACAACUAACAGUAUCUAUAAACCAAGUUUUUUGUAGCAAUCAAAAUAUCUAUUUAUAGACACAGUAUGUCACAGUCACAUUCAUGCUCAAAUUCACAGUCUGGUUCAAUAUAUUCAAUGUGAUAUGAAUGCUUACAGAACUUUUGAUUGGUUAAAAAGCUGAUCAUGUGAUAUAAAUAAUGAAAUGUCAUUGGUCAUGUGAUAGCUGUUGAACUAUUGAAUAGGCCUUUUUUUCCCUUUACCUUUUUUGUCAGCUUUAUAAGAGGCUAAAAACUUGUCAUUGGUUGUAAGAAAAUGUAGGCAAAAUCUACAUGUAAUUGUUUGGCUUGGUUUUUGUUAUCGUAAGGCCAUGCCAAUUUAUUUCUUGAUUUUAUUUAUUUUGAAAUGAAAGGAAAGAAAUAAAACAGAGUUGUAGAUAUUAAUUAGCCUUGACUAUGCUGAAUUUGUUUAAUCGACUUUUCUUGCUUUAAUAUUAGAACAGUUCAUU